AUGACGCAUGUCAAACGCGACCAUCGCAUGGAUAUUGAUGUUCACGAAGGACAUGAGCAUGGUGGUGUGGAUGAUGACGUGAGAGCUAACUUUGAUUACAGCAUGGAAGUUGGUGAAGAAGCGCAAACGAGCGGUGCACCGCCACAUUCGUCCUCGUUCAGUGCGGAAUCAACAUCAGAGGAAUAUCGUUCACAGGAUCCAACUGAAGAUAACUUUUCCGACUCCAGCUCGUUUUUGAGACAGAUGCGUAAGCACAUCGCUAUGCUGUACAUGAAGGCAACGGAGGUACACAGGAUGCCACGCACCGUAAUGAUGAACCUAUUCGAUGACUUCCGGAUCUUUCUGGAACUCUGUCAUGGUUUUGUCCAACGUCGUUUAAGACAUCUUGCAGCGGAAGACAUUCAACGAGAUGUGUAUGAUCAGCUUGUGACCCUCCUCUCAACCGACUUCUUGGAUAUGUUGUCGUCACCAAUCAAGAGCAAUCACAUGUACACAAAAUAUGUGAAGGAAUCACUGCCGUACACAGAGCCUCAAGAGCUCCGUAUCAGUGGAGUCCCCCAACGUCACACUUUGUACUAUGUACCCAUUGGCAAUGUUCUGAAAAGUAUGCUUACUUCUGAUGAUGCAGUUGAUAAUGUGCUGGGCACAUGUCACGAGCCUAGAAGCCAUGAUGUCCUCACCGAUGUCAUCGAUGGUGACUAUAUGAGCUGGAACUUGUCAAUCCCCUUGGAUCAGCCACCGGUGUACAUAGGGAUUCUUGCUGCGUAUUUCUCAGUACUCAACUUGCACCCAAAGUAUCGAUCAAGGCUCAGUGCCAUCCACCUGGUUAUGCUAGUCAAGUACGCGCAUGUUAAAACAUUCGGGAUCGAAAAGGUACUUGACCCACUUAUCAAAGACAUUAUGAAGCUGCAUGAAAGUGGGAUUGAAGUUGUUUGUGAUGGGGCAACAAAACGGCUCAUAAUUUUCCUUUUGGGCAUCGUUGGUGACAACCUCUCACUUAAUCGUAUUGGUGGCUUCAGCAGCUCGUUCGGAAGUGGACUUUUCUGCAGGUUUUGCUUGACUGAUUCCAAACGAAUAAAUGAGGUCACGAGCGAACGUGACUGCAAUGUACGUACAGCACCUGCACAUGAAGAGCAUGUUGCUGCUGUUGAGGCUGACAGCACAAAGUCAAAGAUUUGUGGCGUGACUGCGAGGUCACCGCUGCUACAAAUUCCAGGCUUCGAUGUCACACAACAGCUGUUACCGGAUGCGAUGCAUGACAUCCUAGAGGGCGGCAUUGCGUUUGUCCUCAAGCAUGUGCUGAAGUCACUUGCGGUCUCAGAAGUAAUCACUGCCACCAGCCUCAGUAUUGUAAGCACAUUUAAGUAUGGCUUUCAUGACUCGAAAUCAAAGCCUGCUCCGCUGCCUGCAUCUUUUUUGACUCCAACCGGUAGCCUCCGAGGUACGGCAAGUCAGAAAUGGUGUUUGUUUCGCUUGCUGCCGCAGAUGAUUGGUCAUCUGGUGCCUGAAGGGAACCCAGCCUGGGCAGGGUAUUUGCAGUACCGGCAUAUCGUUGAUAUUAUCCUGGCGGGCAAAGUUCCGAAAGACAGCACUACAUACCUCGAAGUUGAGAUUGAAGCCUUCCUGAAAAAGUUUAUGGAGGUCUUCCCGGACAAGAAGCUGAUUCCGAAGAUGCACUUCCUUGUGCAUUAUCCUCGGUUUAUGCGCAUGUAUGGUCCACCACGAAUGUUUUGGAGCAUGAGAUUUGAAUCUAAGCAUUCAUACUUCAAGAACAUUGCUACAAAGUCUAAAUCAUUUGUCAACAUUUGCAAAACAAUGUCGAACAGAGGACAACUACUCCAGUGCUAUGAAUUCUCUGCACCAACUUUUGCAAAACCACUUGUGGCCGGCACUCAGAAAUGUAUGCUGUCAUCAGAACUCCCACAGGCGGCGAGGUAG